GCUGUCAGAGCCGGAUUGGGCCGCGGUGGGGACGGAAGCGGCCCAAGGGCCGGAGCGGCUGGAGCCUGGCCGAGGAGAUGUGGAGCGCGGGCUGCCGUGGGGCUACCGGGCCGGUGCUGCUGGGACUGCUACUGGCGCUCUUAGUGCCCGGCGGUGGUGCAGCCAAGACCGGCGCGGGGCUCGUGACCUGCGGGUCGGUGCUGAAGCUGCUCAAUACGCACCAUCGGGUGCGGCUGCACUCGCACGACAUCAAAUACGGAUCCGGCAGCGGCCAGCAAUCCGUGACCGGCGUGGAGGCAUCCGACGACGCCAAUAGCUACUGGCGGAUCCGCGGCGGCUCGGAGGGCGGGUGCCCGCGCGGGUCCCCGGUGCGCUGCGGGCAGGCUGUGCGGCUCACGCACGUGCUCACCGGCAAGAACCUGCACACGCACCACUUCCCGUCGCCGCUGUCCAACAACCAGGAGGUGAGUGCCUUUGGGGAAGACGGCGAGGGUGAUGACCUGGACCUAUGGACAGUCCGCUGCUCUGGACAGCACUGGGAGCGUGAGGCCGCUGUGCGCUUCCAGCACGUGGGCACCUCUGUGUUCCUGUCGGUCACGGGUGAGCAGUACGGAAGCCCCAUCCGUGGGCAGCGUGAGGUCCACGGCAUGCCCAGUGCCAACACGCACAAUACGUGGAAGGCCAUGGAAGGCAUCUUCAUCAAGCCUAGUGUGGAGCCCUCUGCAGGUCACGACGAACUCUGAGUGUGGGGAUGGGUGGAUGGAGGGUGGCAGGUGGGGCGUCUGUAGGGCCACUUUUGGCAGAGACUUUGGGUUUUGUAGGGGUCCUCAAGUGCCUUUGUGAUUAAAGAAUGUUGGUCUAUGA